UUCCGGCCAACCCUUCCCCUUCCCCCUUCCCCGAAGUCACCUCCCCCCUCUCCCUUCUCGUCAGCCUCUUCCCUCAACUUCUCCACCCCUCGUGCUCUCUCUCCACCCCGCUCGCCUCCAGUCCUCCCCUCCCGCUCCAUCCGGGUCCGCCGACGGCUGUCUCGGGACUGUAGAGUGGCGGCGGCAGCGUUUCUCUGAGGCACCGGAUAAGAACUUCAGUAUUUUGUUGAUGUGGAGACAUAGGGUACUUCAACUUCCCAGUGUUUCAGAAGGGAGUUUUUUAUUGAAACUGGAAGACCAAAAUAAUUACAAGCAUGUUGUGCUGGGGAAAUGCAUCUUUUGGACAACUAGGUUUGGGUGGAAUUGAUGAAGAAAUUGUACUAGAGCCCAGAAAAAGUGACUUUUUUAUAAAUAAAAAAAUCCGAGAUGUAGGAUGUGGGCUCAGACAUACAGUCUUUGUUCUGGAUGAUGGAACUGUGUACACAUGUGGAUGUAAUGAUCUAGGACAGCUAGGUCAUGAAAAAUCCAGGAAGAAACCAGAGCAGGUUGUUGCCCUGGAUGCCCAAAAUAUCGUAGCUGUUUCAUGUGGAGAAGCUCAUACAUUAGCGCUUAAUGACAAGGGCCAGGUGUAUGCUUGGGGUCUCGAUUCUGAUGGACAACUUGGCCUACUAGGAUCAGAGGAAUGUAUCAGAGUACCCAGAAAUAUUAAGAGUUUGUCAGAUAUCCAGAUAGUACAGGUUGCUUGUGGUUACUAUCAUUCCCUUGCACUUUCUAAAGCAAGUGAAGUUUUCUGUUGGGGACAGAAUAAAUACGGCCAGUUGGGUUUGGGCAUUGACUGUAAAAAACAAACUUCACCACAGCUGCUUAAGUCUUUGCUUGGAAUCCCCUUCAUGCAAGUUGCAGCAGGAGGCGCCCAUAGUUUUGUACUCACCCUUUCUGGAGCUAUCUUUGGAUGGGGACGCAACAAAUUUGGUCAGCUAGGUCUUAAUGAUGAAAAUGAUAGGUAUGUUCCUAAUUUACUAAAGUCAUUAAGAUCUCAGAAAAUAGUUUAUAUUUGUUGUGGAGAAGAUCACACUGCUGCGUUAACCAAGGAAGGUGGAGUGUUUACUUUCGGGGCUGGAGGGUAUGGCCAAUUGGGUCAUAACUCUACCAGUCAUGAAAUAAACCCACGGAAAGUUUUUGAACUUAUGGGAAGCAUUGUUACACAGAUUGCUUGUGGAAGGCAGCAUACCUCUGCAUUUGUUCCUUCAUCAGGACGAAUUUACUCUUUUGGGCUUGGUGGUAAUGGGCAGCUGGGAACUGGGUCAACAAGCAACAGAAAGAGUCCUUUCACUGUAAAAGGAAAUUGGUUUCCUUAUAAUGGGCAAUGUCCAUCAGAUAUUGAUUCUCAAGAAUAUUUCUGUGUAAAAAGAAUUUUCUCAGGUGGAGACCAAAGCUUUUCACAUUACUCUAGUCUUCAGAACUCUGGGCCACCUGAUGACUUUAGAUAUCCUGAUCCUUCAAAGCAGAUCUGGACAGUGAAUGAAACUCUUAUUCAAAAAUGGCUAAGCUACCCCUCUGGAAGGUUUCCUGUGGAGAUAGCCAAUGAGAUUGAUGGAACAUUUUCCUCAUCUGGUUGCCUAAAUGGAAGUUUUUUAGCUGUUAGCAAUGAUGAUCACUAUAGAACAGGCACCAAAUUUUCAGGCGUUGAUAUGAAUGCUGCUAGGCUUUUAUUCCACAAACUUAUACAACCUGAUCAUCCUCAGAUAUCUCAGCAGGUUGCAGCUAGUUUGGAAAAGAACCUAAUACCUAAAUUGACCAGCUCCUUACCUGAUGUUGAAGCAUUGAGGUUUUAUCUUACUCUGCCAGAAUGUCCCCUGAUGAGUGAUUCCAACAAUUUCACAACAAUAGCAAUUCCCUUUGGCACAGCUCUUGUGAACCUAGAAAAGGCACCAUUAAAAGUACUUGAAAACUGGUGGUCCAUACUUGAACCUCCACUAUUCCUCAAGAUAGUAGAGCUUUUUAAGGAAGUUGUGGUACAUCUUUUGAAACUCUACAAGAUUGGCAUCCCCCCUUCUGAAAGAAGAAUUUUCAACAAUUUUCUUCAUACUGCAUUAAAGGUUUUAGAAAUACUACAUAGGGUAAAUGAGAAAUCAGGACAGAUUAUACAAUAUGAUAAAUUUUAUAUACAUGAAGUACAAGAACUGAUAGACAUAAGGAAUGAUUACAUCAACUGGGUCCAACAGCAGGCUUAUGGAAUGGAUGUCAGCCAUGGAUUAACUGAGUUGGCAGAUAUCCCUGUUACAAUCUGUACGUAUCCAUUUGUAUUUGAUGCCCAAGCAAAAACUACUCUGCUACAAACAGAUGCAGUCUUACAGAUGCAGAUGGCAAUUGACCAGGCCCACAGACAGAACGUCUCCUCUCUUUUUCUCCCAGUGAUUGAAUCUGUGAAUCCCUGCCUAAUUCUAGUAGUUCGUAGAGAAAAUAUUGUGGGAGAUGCAAUGGAAGUUCUUAGGAAAACAAAGAAUAUAGAUUACAAGAAGCCACUCAAGGUUAUAUUUGUUGGAGAAGAUGCUGUUGAUGCAGGAGGGGUACGCAAAGAAUUUUUCUUGCUUAUCAUGAGGGAAUUAUUGGAUCCUAAAUAUGGCAUGUUUAGAUAUUAUGAAGAUUCCAGGCUCAUUUGGUUUUCAGAUAAGACAUUUGAAGAUAGCGAUUUGUUCCAUCUGAUUGGUGUUAUCUGUGGGUUAGCAAUUUAUAAUUUUACUAUUGUGGACCUUCACUUUCCUUUGGCUUUAUAUAAGAAACUCCUGAAAAAGAAGCCAUCCCUGGAUGAUUUGAAAGAACUAAUGCCUGAUGUUGGGAGAAGUAUGCAACAGUUAUUGGAUUAUCCAGAAGAUGAUAUAGAGGAAACAUUUUGUCUAAAUUUUACGAUCACAGUUGAAAACUUUGGUGCAACAGAAGUGAAAGAGCUGGUUCUAAAUGGUGCAGAUACAGCUGUUAACAAACAAAAUCGGCAGGAAUUUGUUGAUGCUUAUGUGGAUUACAUAUUCAAUAAAUCAGUAGCUUCCUUAUUUGAUGCUUUUCACGCUGGCUUUCAUAAGGUGUGUGGAGGAAAAGUUCUUCUACUCUUCCAACCUAAUGAACUACAAGCAAUGGUUAUUGGAAAUACAAAUUAUGAUUGGAAGGAACUGGAAAAGAAUACAGAAUACAAAGGGGAGUAUUGGGCAGAACAUCCUACGAUAAAAAUUUUUUGGGAAGUAUUCCAUGAAUUACCUUUGGAAAAGAAAAAACAAUUUCUGUUAUUUCUGACAGGUAGUGAUCGCAUUCCGAUUCUCGGUAUGAAGAGCCUGAAACUAGUCAUCCAGUCAACAGGAGGCGGUGAGGACUAUCUCCCGGUUUCCCAUACCUGUUUUAAUCUUCUAGAUCUUCCAAAAUACACAGAAAAAGAAACUCUACGCUCUAAACUGAUCCAAGCUAUUGAUCACAAUGAAGGCUUCAGUUUAAUAUAACUUCAGAGAUGAAACUAUUCAGUUUAGUGCAAAAGCAUUAAACUACUUGUGUUUUUCUGGUUGUGAUGAAUUCAGCAAAGUGACAAAGGUACUAUUAUAAUUCUUCCCUGUGAAAUGUCCAGUGCUAUGAGUACUCAUGGAAGCCAAAAAAUAUUAAAGGAAUAUCAACACAAACUGUUAAUACUAAAUUUACUGUACAGAACCGUGGAAUUCUCCCAUCUCCCACAUAAACAUACAAGUAUUGUGAAUACAUUAAAGUUUUACUAACAUGAAUUUUAAGAGUUUGCAUAUUUCAGAAAUGAUCUGAUGUGUGAGUGCAUGGAAAUGUUGCUUAAUUUUUCUUCAAUCACUGGGUGAGAAACCUUUAACUUCGGCCUGCAAUAGUCAUUUAAUUAUUUUUCCAUUUUGUAAAUAGUAAGUUUUGUAAUAAAAUAGUUAUUAUGUUCUGAUACCAGUACAGUUUAUAUGGUUGUAAUUGAGCUGAACUGAAUUUAAGGAUUAAAAAUUAUGAUUUAAAUCUUUACUCUGAGAUUCUAUAAAAAGGAAAAAAGAAGCAUGGUGGAAACAGUCUUUGCAUUUUUGCUAGAACAAAUCUGUGCAAUCCUAAAUUACAGAUAGGGAUAUUAAGUAAUUUAUGGUUCUCUUGUGAAUCCUGACAUACUCAUAGAUGGGAGGUUAUCAGGAAGCUUAUUGAUUAUUUAGUAAUGGAAGAACAUUCUCUACAGUUGCCAGAAAUAGAAACAUGGCCACUAUGAGAACCAAUCACUGAGUUAUAGCUUCCAAACUAUUGAUGGUGCAGGUUGUAUGUAGUCAAAAUUUUCAGUGCUUAAGAACUAUUUCCUUGAAUUUUAACAGUUUUAUGGUGCUGAUGCUUAGUUUAUCUCAUGUCAUUACAUUGUACAAGUCAGUUGAUGCAAUCCGUGUGACUUUCUGCUAUAAUACAAAUAUUUAUUUUUUAAAUUUAUAAAAAUAUGCCGUGAAAACUGUUUGAAUAAUAAAGAUUUAUUGGUUUAAUAUUUGAACUUUCA